UUGAGCGCCCGCGACUGCAAGGGCGACCUGGGGGAGCCCCCGCCGACGCGGCCCACGGUAGGUGUCGGCCGCCGCGAGAGGGACUGAAGCGGGUCACCUUGCAACUGACAGAGCCCACCGACCCGGCAGAGGGACUCCCCACAGGACCGAGCGGAGCGUUUCGGGGCCCGUCCCGUGGCGGGUGGGUACCAACCUUACUGACAUCGUGGCCCAGAGAAAGAUUACCAUCCGGGAGCUCGGGGGUUGCAUGGGCCCUAUCUGGUCCAGUUACUGCGGAAACUGCCAUUCCCUCCUGUUCAUGAUGGAUGCCUCCAACCCCACUCAGCUCUCUGCCUCCUGUGUGCAGCUCUUGGGUCUUCUUUCUUCAGAACAACUUGCAGAAGCAUCAGUCUUGAUACUCUUCAAUAAGAUUGACCUACCCUGUUAUAUGACUAUGGAGGAGAUUAAGUCCUUAAUCAGGCUCCCCGACAUCAUUGCUUGUGCCAAGCAGAACAUUACUACAGUGGAAAUCAGCGCCCGGGAAGGCACUGGGUUGGCCAAGGUGCUGCAGUGGCUCCAGGAUGAACCCCGAAGCAGCAGGAUAUCUGUAACUGGAAAUCCAGGAUGAUGCAUAGUCACACCUGCAAAGACCCUUUUUCCAAGUAAAGUCACUUUUACUUAUUCUGGGGCUAUGAUCUGGCCACACCUUUGGGGCCACCACUCAACCUACAAUAAUUGAAUAAAACUGUUCUGAGUGUGGUUGUGAGUUUUA